UAUAUGUAAACAAUAUAUUGAACCCAUGGUUGUGGUGUGUCACUUUGAUUGUUGUUUCGAGUGAAUGAGAAAGUGGUUAAUCGAGAGACACAUGUUUCCGUCAUCGACGAAAGCGGCCUGGUGGCUAGCUACAUUUUUCAGUGUAUUCGUUACAGGUGAGAUGCCCAUUCAAGCGGAAAUAGAACCUGAAUUCUUGCAAGCAUUGGAGAAUCACACGGUUACACAGGGGCGCGACGUACAUUUCACUUGUGUAGUUAAUCACCUUUCAAAUUACAGGGUGGCGUGGAUAAAGUCAGAUUCUAAGGCGAUUCUAGCGAUCCAUACAAACAUGGUGGCGUUGAACCCUCGACUAUCUGUCACGUAUAAUAAUCACAAUACAUGGAAACUUCACGUCAGCAAUGUCCAGGCCAAUGACUCAGGCACGUAUAUGUGCCAAGUUAACACGGACCCAAUGAAAAGUCAGAUGGGUUAUCUCUCUGUGGUGAUACCACCGGAUAUAGUAGAUACAAUAUCAGAAGAAAGUACAGCCCAAGAAGGCGGUAGUGUGCGGCUGACAUGCAGUGCCACUGGGGAACCACCACCAACUGUCCUAUGGAGACGAGACCAUAAUAGACCCAUUGUGUUUCGACAUGACGGAGGCAGGGAAAAAAAAGUGGUAGAUAGCUACAAAGGUGAAAGCUUGGAAUUGUCUCAUGUCCAACGGACCGACAUGGGGGCGUACUACUGCAUUGCAAGCAAUGGCAUACCACCUACAGUCAGUCGUCGAUAUCAUGUGGAAGUACAUUUUAUCCCUCAAGUGAAGGUUACGAAUCAACUAGUGGGAGCACCUCUCGGCAGUGAUGUGGAACUGCAAUGUUAUAUUGAAGCUUCACCCAAAGCUAUGAACUCCUGGUACAGAGAAGACGGGAAAUCUCUAGUAAGUGACAAACUUUUGGAGAAUCCAAAGUUACGGAUAUUAGACGGUAUUGUGAAUGAAUAUUCAAGAUGGAUGAAUUUAACCAUAAAGUCACUAGCGUUGGGUGACUACGGUACUUAUGUUUGCGCGUCUGUCAAUGCGCUGGGCAAGAUGGAGAGUCAAGUUAGCUUGCAUAAAAUAGAACUGAACAUGAAUGGGUUCGGAGCGGAAGAGCCAAUGGUCUCCGGAGCGGCAUGGCAACGAGCGCGAAACCUUCCAUCAGCACGCGCCAGACCAGCCGCCUCUCACGCACACCAAUAUUUUCUGACGCAGCAUCUACCGCCACAAUUGUAUGCUCUGUUACUCACAGUACUGCGAUACGUCAAUACAAUGUAAUAACAGUAUAAUAUUUCGGUAAUUUUACUUUAGAGAAAUAAAUAAAAAUCUUCCAUUAAUAAAUGAUUUAAUUAAUUAAUUAUGCAAAUAAUUUUCAUACUUGUUAACUUAGCUACAUUAUUAUUUAAUAUUUUAUCGUUAAUUAUGAUCUAUUGUCAUUAUACCAAGACAAUUAAUAUUCUGAAGUCAUACAAAAUCUCAGAAAUUAAGUUGAUUGAUAAUAAUUUUGUAAAGUCAAUCAGAUUGUACGUGACAAUAGGCCGGGACUAUUUCUCGUGCCUUCUAAAACUUUCAAAGUAUAUGAUAUUAUAUAUUUUAUUUUGGUUUUAGUUCUUGAAUUUUUUAUACAUAAUUAACUAAACUUAAACAUCUUUAUACAUUUAUUUCAUUAGGUCAUGUAAUAAAAAAAUAGUUUCUGAUUUAUAAUAUCUAAUAACCUUAACACGUAACGCCACGUGUCCAGUUACUUAUACAAUACUUAUAUAAUAUAUAUAGUAUAAGUAAAUGAUUUCGCCUUAAGUUCUUAUUUGCAUGAAACUCGUACAACUUUGUUACUUUGACAAUCCGGCGAUAGUUUGCUUGUAUUGACGCAGCUGGCGGUGCACGCAUUCUGCCGAUAGUGCAUGCAUUUUCUUGUUUAUGCCACUGAGCAAGUAAUCACUAUGGUUUUUAUCCGCUUUUUGUUUAUACGGAUGUUGUAUGCUACAUACAUCUGCGGUUACAUAUGUAUGUAACCGUAGACAUCCGCAACAACCCGCGUCAUUGAUGUAAAUACUAAUAUUACUAUAUAAUAUUUUAAAUGCAAAAGUGUAUCUAUCUGUUUGUUUGUGACCCAUUCGAAACUAAUCCGCUGAAUGGAUUUUUCAUCUCACAAAAAACUAAACAGGAAUGGGGAAAAUAAGUAAUGAAAGAUUUAUGUAGACGAAUUUGCUGAUAACAGUUAUUGCAUGCGAAAAAUUUAUACGUCAUUACUACUUUUUUGUUCAAUGGCGGUGAAAGUUAACAUAAUUAAUAUUUAACGUUGGAAGUACAUAGAUUUAAGUAAUAUUUAAUUUAUUAUUAUUUGCCACACUAUUUGUGUGGACGAUGUGAUAUUUUAUGUAUAAUAAUGAUGUAAAUUUAUUAUAUUACUAAUUUGUGGUUAAAUGUAAAAAGCUUUGUGUAUAUGCAGUAUAGCCAAAUAAAAUGUUAAAAUUUGAAUUAAAUGCAUGGAUUUUAAUGAAUAAAAACUGAGUUAACAAUAAUAUACUUAUAGUGUUUGAAAUAGAUUCGACAUACUAAAAUAACCUUGACAUGUUUAACUGAAUAGAUAUAAGCGAAUUAGUAGGUCUUUACAUAGACAAACUUUUCAUAUAGCAACUACCUAUUCACUAUUGUUUUAAAAAUGGCAUCAAAAAAUUUGGAUUGGUACUGGUUCGUUUACUUUUUACAUUAAUUACAAAUUCCAUCCAACUUUUUUGUAUGCCUUUAUUAUCUCGAGAUCUUGUGCUAUUACGUUGACUUUGACAAUAAAUGUGUAAUUUAUGAAUACUGAAAUAUAAAAUUGAAAUAAAUGU